AUGAAAGAGGAGCGCAAAAGUAUAUGGAACCCCGCGUUCGACAUGAGCGCAGGCGCGGCGAAAACUGGCAAGGUGCUGGGGCGACAGAGUUUCCGAAACCCAUGGGGCGAGCCUGGGUCGCCGGCCGGGCGGCGGCAGUCCGGGUUUCAGCAGCUGGCGACGACGUUUGAGGAGGGGCAGGGGGAGGAGGAGCGGGCGCGGCGGCGGUCGAGCCUGAUAGUGCCGCCCACGCGGGCGGCAGGGCCGGAGCCGCUACUGCGGGAGACGUACGGGGACAGCUGGGGCUACGGGAGCGAGUUCCAGCGGCGACAGAGUGUGGCAGUAGCGGGGACGUACCACAGCCCGGGGUAUUUCGAGACAGGCGCGCAGCAACCGUCGACGUCGCCGAGCCUGAUGGUGGCACACGCGGUGCCGUACCGCAAGCUGAGCGCGUACCCGCCGCUUGCUGGCGCGCUGGUGCCCGCGGCGUCGCUGAACUCGACGCUGCGCGGGUCGGCGGGCGGGGUGGCGGCGGCGGUGCCGCAGAUGCGCAAAGUGGGGGCGCGGCAGGAGCUGGCGCCGGUGCUGCACGCGAUGCCGAAGUUCCGGCGGGCGUCGCUGAACAGCAAGACGGUGUCGCCGCUGAUCGCGUUGACAAAGUCGCUGAUCAUCACGUACUCGCUGUGCUCGGACGAGUUCUCGUACCAGACGUCGAAGAACCCAAAGCGGCUGCUGACGAAGCCCAGCGAGGGCAAGCUUAACAACGGGCACGACAACAUCAACAGCGACUACAUCCUGUACGUGAACGAUGUUCUGGGCAUGGAGCAGCAGCGCAAGUAUCUGAUCCUCGAUAUCCUGGGGCAGGGCACGUUCGGCCAGGUGGUCAAGUGCCAGAACAUGCAGACGAAGGAGAUCGUGGCGGUGAAGGUGGUCAAGAGCAAGACGGAGUACCUGAACCAGAGCAUCAUGGAAGCCAAGAUCCUGGAGCUGCUGAACAAGCGCAUCGACCCCCUCAACCAGCAUCACUUCCUGCGCCUGCACGACUCCUUUGUGCACAAGAACCACCUCUGUCUGGUGUUCGAGCUGCUCAGUAACAACCUAUACGAGCUGCUCAAGCAGAACAAGUUCCACGGUCUUUCCAUGAACCUGAUCAAAAACUUCUGCAAGCAGCUGCUGGACUCCCUGUGUGUGCUGAAGGAGAGCAAGCUCAUCCAUUGUGACCUGAAGCCGGAGAAUGUGCUGUUGGUCUCGCCCGACCGUCCGGAACUCAAAGUGAUCGACUUUGGGUCCGCCUGCGAAGAGGCCCGCACCGUCUACACAUACAUCCAGUCGCGGUUUUACCGCGCGCCGGAGGUGCUUAUGGGGAUUCCCUACUCUACAAGCAUAGACAUGUGGUCCUUCGGUUGUAUUGUGGCAGAAUUAUUUCUUGGCAUACCAGUGUUUCCGGGAGCCUCCGAAUUCAACCAAAUGACCAGGAUAGUGGAAAUGCUGGGCGUCCCACCUCCUUGGAUGUGUGAGAUGGGCAAAAAUACAUACAAUUUCUUCAGAAAACUGCAUCCUCAGGAAAAGGCAUGGGCCCUGAAAACUGUGGAUGAGUACAAUGUGGAAUUCAAUGCAAGCGAGGAAGUCGGCAAGCAGUACUUUAAAUGGACCAAGUUGGACGAUGUGAUCAGAAACUAUCGAAUUUCAAAAAAAAUAGGCGCUUCCUCACAGCUGUUGGAAAGAGAAAUGCAGGAUAGACAAUGUCUAACACACUUCCUGUUUGGCGUGCUGAACUUGAACCCGCUGGAGCGCUGGACUCCUCAGCAGGCGUUAUUACACCCGUUCAUUACUGGACAGCCUUUUGACAAGGAGUGGUAUCCACCCGGAACGCUGCCGAAGAAAGUAAAUAAGCUUCCCUCGCUACAAGAUGGGGCUACCAAAGAACUCAACAAACUACAUCUGGGUGAAUAA